AUGUUGAAGAAGGCUGCUAAAAAUGGAAGGGUCGACGUGCUGUAUAAGUUGCUUGCACAAGAUCCACAUCUUCUGGAGCAUCUAGAUAGCAUGCUCAUAGUUGAUACUCCUCUACAUGUAGCUGCAAGGGCUGGCAAAACUCAUUUUGCUAUGGAAGUUGCGAGCCUAAAGCCAUCACUUGCUUGGAAACUAAAUGAAGAUGGAGUUAGCCCCAUGCACUUGGCUUUGCGAAAUGGGCACGUUGAAACUGCGAGAGGGCUUGCAACAGUGGACUGCAAGCUCAUCAGGGUCAAAGGAAAAGAGAGAAUUACUCCUUUGCACCUUGUAGCGGAAAUAGGAGACAUUGAUCUCUUGGAAGAAUUUCUACUUUCUUGUCCAUCAUCCAUCCAAGAUUUGACAGUUCGCCGCGAGACUGCCGUGCAUGUUGCUGUCAAACACAAAAACUUGCAAGCUCUUAAAUUUCUUUUCGGAUGGCUUCAUAGGCAAAAUAUGGAAAGCAUCCUAAAUUGGAAGGAUGAGGAAGGGAACACUGUAUUGCACAUCGCAGUUCUCAAAAAUGACCCAAAGGCUGUGGAGUUGUUAAUCAAUAAUGUUGAUAACCAUGCUAAAAAUGGCAACAAUAUGACCGCUAUGGACAUCUUCGAAAGCCAAUGCAAAUCUCAAAAUGGCGAAAUUGGAGAUAUCCUCCAUCGUGCUUCUUUCAUUUCAAGUUUCCUGAAUUCACUCAUCAGAAAACGAGACCACUACUUGGGAUUUAGAGUGGCUCCCCAAGGCCCAGAAAUUUUCACCAUUGACACUCGCAGUAUAAUACUUGUUGUAGCUGUACUGAUCGCAACAGCUACCUACCAAGCUAUACUCAGCCCUCCUGGCGGAUAUUGGCAAGAUACCUAUAGCCCACCGGAGAAUAGCACCAACUCCACUACCAAUGACAUUGAUGAAGAGCAACGUGGAUCACAUCAAGCUGGAACAAUGAUUAUGAAUGCAUUUGAGAGUUCUUACUUCGCACUUCUUAACAGUUCAGCCUUCUGUGCAUCUGUGUGCACAAUUGUUGUUCUUGUUAUGGGGCUUCCUUUUGCUUUCUUUCUUGAAGCCUCUACUCUCUUCAUCUCAUGUUCCUAUUUUGUUUCGCUACUUACCAUCUUCCCAUAUUCGGAUAGAACCACAGUGUGUCUUCUUCUGCUAAUUGGGGUGAUAUUGGCUUGUGUUCAUCUCCUGGCAUUUGAGGCUCACCGGCGUAAGAGAGAAAAACGCAAGGUGGGAAAAUAUCAAUGGAAGUAUCAACUGUUCACUCUAAAUCCUGGUCAAAUGUGCGAGAAUUCAUCCAAGUUCUUCUCUUUUCUUUGGAGAUUUCUCCUUAAACCUUCACCGAAAGCAUCAUCCUCUUUAGAAUAUCCUCCUUUGUAG